ACACGCGCGACGUGCUCAGAAGUGCUUCCGCUUCGUUGCAAUCCAGCCAUGGCCUCCGGCUGGCAAGCAGUUAUCUACACCACGACAGGCGCUUCCGGUCUGACCACGUGCGCGCGCACACGUAGUACACCAUCGUCCUCCCCAGCUCAAAGAGAUCGCGCAGCCUGAAGCGGUUCGCCCGCCUUUGGCAGGCGCGCUAUAUCCCGUCAGGGCCAACACUCUUCGCUAACGUGGGACCAUGGGAAGGUCGUCGACAGAAAGUAUACUGCCCAAACACGUGAUGCCUUGUUGAAUAUCCUCGUUAUUGGAGAACAAUCGAGCGGGAAAACAUGCCUUAUGCUCAGAUUUGCGGAGUGUGCCUUCACAGAAAACCAGAGGAUGACAGCUGGCUGUGAUAUCAGUAGAAAAGUGAUACGAUUAAACGGAAGCAGGAUAAAGCUGAACGUUGUGGACACGAUGGGCCAAGAACGAUUUCACAGCAUUACCGCCAUGUUCUACCGCGGGGCAGAUGGCAUUAUUGUAACCUACGAUGUCACAAACCAGAACAGUUUCAACAACCUCGAUUACUGGCUGGAGCAGGUCAACCUUCACGCAAGAGAGGACGUCUGCAAGCUCCUGGUUGGAUGCAAGAGUGACCUCACAGCGAAGAGAGCUGUCGAAUGCAAUACAGCGCUGGCGUUCGCAAACCAGCGGGGCCUCCAGCUCAUUGAGACCAGCGCAAAGGAGGGCACCAACGUGGAGCUGGCGUUUGAGUUGAUUGCGGAAGAUAUUAUGCAGCGUUCGCCUCCGUCGGUCACAGAAACUGGCCCACGCAACGACGUGGUCAUUCUCCAUAGAACUCCGCCUGCCAACGACCGAGGCGGGUUUAACCGCUGUUGGUUGUCUUUCAAAGGUUUAUUUACACGGAGGUAGUAAAGAUACGUCACACGUACACGUGAACAUUUAAUAAAGGAACACUA